CCCGCCGGCCGGGGAGGAAGACCCGGCCACGAGCGAGCGAGCGAGCAAAGGAGCGAGCCAGCGAGCGAUCGGCGGCGCACGGAGCGGGCAUGGCCGCGCGGGCAGCGCUCUGACCCGUCCCGCGCCUCGGGCCCCGCCGAGCGGCGCCGCGCCGGGCGAUGCCCCGCGGCCCGGAGCGCGGGUAACGGCCGCCGCGUGGUGAGCAGCGGUGCCCGCGGGGCGCGCGACUGCCAGGAGCUGCUGCUGCCCCCACCCACCCCCAUGGCCUACAUCCCGACCCCCCCAGCAGCGGGGGUCACCCCCAUGAGCUCCCAGUACUGCGUGUGCAAGGUGGAGCUGUCCGUGAGUGGCCAGAACCUGCUGGACCGGGAUGUCACCUCCAAGUCCGACCCCUUCUGUGUCCUCUUCACAGAGAACAAUGGCAGGUGGAUGGAGUACGACAGGACAGAAACGGCCGUCAACAACCUCAACCCUGCCUUCUCCAAGAAGUUUGUCCUCGACUACCACUUCGAAGAGGUGCAGAAGCUCAAGUUCGCCCUGUUUGACCAGGACAAGUCCAGCGCGCAGCUGGAUGAACAUGACUUUCUGGGCCAGUUCUCCUGUAGCCUGGGCACGAUCGUCUCUAGCAAGAAGAUCACUCGGCCUCUGCUGCUGCUGAAUGACAAGCCCGCAGGGAAGGGCCUGAUUACGAUUGCCGCCCAGGAACUGUCGGACAACCGGGUCAUCACGCUGAGCCUGGCAGGCAGGAAGCUGGACAAGAAGGAUCUCUUUGGGAAGUCGGACCCGUUUCUGGAGUUUUACAAGCCAGGGGAUGAUGGCAAAUGGAUGCUGGUGCACAGGACUGAGGUGAUCAAGUACACGCUGGAUCCUGUGUGGAAGCCGUUCACUGUGCCCCUGCUGUCCUUGUGCGAUGGCGAUUUGGAGAAGCCCAUCCAGGUCAUGUGCUACGACUAUGAUAAUGAUGGUGGCCACGACUUCAUCGGUGAGUUCCAGACUUCUGUGGCGCAGAUGAGUCAGGCUCGUGACGGCGUCCCGCUGGAGUUGGAGUGCAUUAACCCCAAGAAGCAGAGGAAAAAGAAGAGCUACAGAAACUCCGGUGUCAUCAUCUUGCGCUCCUGCAAGAUUCACCGAGACUACUCCUUCCUGGAUUACAUCCUGGGCGGCUGCCAGCUCAUGUUCACUGUGGGAAUAGACUUCACAGCCUCCAACGGGAAUCCUCUUGACCCUUCCUCUCUGCACUACAUCAACCCCAUGGGCACCAAUGAAUACCUGUCAGCCAUCUGGGCGGUGGGGCAGAUCAUUCAGGAUUACGACAGUGACAAGAUGUUUCCGGCUCUGGGAUUUGGGGCCCAGUUACCACCAGACUGGAAGGUCUCCCAUGAGUUUGCCAUCAACUUCAACCCCACCAACCCCUUCUGCUCAGGUGUGGAUGGCAUCGCCCAGGCGUACUCUGCCUGCCUGCCCCACAUCCGAUUCUAUGGUCCCACCAACUUCUCCCCCAUCGUCAAUCACGUGGCCCGCUUUGCAGCCCAGGCCACGCAGCAGCAGACAGCCACGCAGUACUUCAUCCUCCUCAUCAUCACGGACGGUGUCAUCAGUGACAUGGAGGAGACAAGGCACGCUGUGGUGCAGGCAUCCAAGCUGCCCAUGUCCAUCAUCAUUGUGGGUGUGGGCAACGCAGACUUCGCUGCCAUGGAGUUCCUGGAUGGAGACAGCCGCAGGCUGCGCUCCCACACGGGCGAGGAGGCAGCCCGUGACAUUGUGCAGUUCGUGCCCUUCCGGGAGUUCCGAAACGCAGCCAAAGAGACCCUGGCCAAAGCCGUGCUGGCGGAGCUGCCCCAACAAGUUGUACAGUAUUUCAAACACAAAAACCUGCCCCCCACCAACUCGGAGCCCGCCUGAGCCCAGCAGUGCCCACGCUCCCCAGCCACGCACGCUCACCCUGCCUCCUUGUGGGUGGCCUUUUCUACCAGUCCACGUUCUUAUUUUUUACAAUGGACCCCCAUUGCACCCAUUUUCCCCCAGAGCAGACGGGCUCCGUGUGUUCAAGUCAACCCCCGAUGCUUCCAGGAUGAACUUCCCUUCUCCCCUUAAGUAUUGAAUGUACUUUGUAUAAUUCUCGUGGAAUUAUUGUUAUUCGAGAAUAAAGUUUUUACAAUCAUAACUGGCUUUUUUCUAAGUAACUAGCUGCAGAAAGGAAUAUGUCCCCAGUCAAUACUUUAUGUUGUGGUGGGCACCCAAUUCCGGAUGUGUUUUUAAACUGUGUUCUGUUUGUUACACUCAGAGUAAUAAAGGAGUUUGCAAUGUCCCUGCAUUCACUAGCUCCUUCUUCAGCCAGGACCCUAAGGAGCUCACUGAUCCAGAAAGUGCAAUCAGAACUCCUCUCCCUACCCAGCACCCCUGCAGGAACUGGGGUGGUUCCUUCUGUGUAGGGACCCCUGUGAAACUAAGUUCAGGUCAUGGUGCACUGAACAUUCAUACAGGUCCAUGCCAUGUCUCUAGUGUCCCUAACCUUCUGUUCACUUUCCCUGGGCCCACACUGUCCCAUUUUUCCUGCCAUCUACUCUCUCCUCCCCUGAGACAUCUGGGCAAUGUGGUCUAUAGUGUGUGAAAGCCUCUUUGGGAGCAGGGCACUGAUGGCUCACAUCUGUUAUCCCAGCUACUCAAGAGGCUGAGAUCUGAGGAUAGUAAUUCAAAGCCAGCCCAAGCA